AGGUUUGGGCUAUAUCAGAGCUCCCGUUGUUAUUAAUGUAAGUGCUAAGCUUGAGUCACUCCCCCAGUGGGCCGACCUGCCUAACCUUUCCAGGUCCUGAUCUGAAUCGUACCGCCGUUGGAAGUCAGGAAGCAUGACGGGGGGUCAGAAAAGUCGUCUGUUCGGGACGUCUGUUUUUAUUCUGACUGAGCUGAGAGGCAGAGAGGCAGUUUUACAGGGCCAGGCGGCUGAAAGCCGAUUCAGGUGAGGAUUUCUUUUUUUCUUUUUUCUUUUUUCUUUCUUUUUUCGUUAGGAGACAGCCUCAAUGAGGUGUAAAAACAUGGCGGUAAUGGAACGGGACACAGUUUUAUAGACAGUCUAAAUUAGAUUGGAUUCGAAGCGCUUCAGCGUCCGUGACCGUGGACCAUAAAUUACCUCUUGCCAUUAUGUUUAACUACGAGUUUCCAUCAGAUUACGCCAGUAAUUACACGAGUGGGAGUUUACAAAUGUGACCAGUUUGUAUAGGAUUUACACAAACUUGUUGCAAGUCAUCCAACAACGGACCAAAACUGACACGAAAAGAAUAGGUUGAGAUAGCCUGUUUAAAUCACAUUGGGCCACAUCAGACUUUUUUUUUUUUGCCAGAGCUCACUUUUAGUUGGAAUUGUCUUUAUAAACUGGACAGAAAUUUGUCAUGUCAAUUAAAUUACAUUCAUCUUGAGAAUUUUUUUUUUCCAGUGUAAAGGAGUUUUUAUAAAUAUAUAAAAAAAAAUUUAAAUCAUUGGUACUCUGAAUCUUUUUCCUGAAGAGGGUAUUUAACAGUGGGUAGAACUGGGUGAGGCCAGGCGAAAAAAGCACAAGAUGUCGCCUGCUGGGAAUCUGUUAUACUUGUAGCCUACCUUUCUAUGGGCUGAGUUAUUGAGUAUCUGACCACGUCUGCUUUGCUGGACAGCGCUUAGCUAUUCUGUGUUGCUCCCCGCUGCGCAAAGGAUCACACUUCCCCAAAUUGAAGAAUGCUACUAAAUGUUAGGUCGGGAAGAUCUCUCCAGCACAUGGCUUUUCAUACUGUACUGCGGUUACUAGUAUGCUUAUCAAUCAUGUGUCAGAUAAACAGGCUAAGGCGCGGUAUGUCAGUUUGUAGUUUUAAAUUGAAUUUUUUUUUUUUUUUUUGUACGUGUCCCUUUUCUCUAUUGGGGCCACACACUGCAGCUUGUGUGACCCGAUUUCCUGAUGUAGUGCGUAACCGGCAAAGAUGGGGGGCACUCGCGGUCCCGCUGAAAAAAAAAGAAAGAAAAGAGUCUAGUGAGCGAUAGAACCUCAAGUACCACAGCCAAGGACCGUGCGGCUCAGAAGGCGGCGAGGCACGCGAUGUCUCGCGGAAACAGCAGGACUUUCUUUACGGUGGAUUAAUUCAAGAAAUUGUCAUUGCAAACGAUGUUCACUUCGUCCAACCUGGAUGUACUCUCAGACAGCUAAGGCUUCCAGACAGCUGUCACAGACGGAUAUUAUGCCCGAACCGCCGAAACCGUUUUCGUGAAGUGGAAUAUGGCACGCUUAAAAAUGAAUUCAGUCCUCCUUUUAUUUUUCCCAACGGUGUUGUUCUAUAGGCACGCGUUGUCCAGCCGUCUCCACGAAAGGUCGUUAAUGCCCAGGGCCGUGUCUCGCUCCGUUGCCAGAAUGGAGGGGGAUAUUGUAAUUGGGGCUCUUUUUUCCGUUCAUCACCAACCGUCCGCCGAGAAGGUCGCGGAAAGAAAAUGCGGAGAGGUCAGAGAACAGUACGGCAUCCAGAGGGUGGAGGCCAUGUUUCACACGCUGGACCGCAUCAAUUCAGACCCCAACCUUCUUCCGAACAUUACCCUGGGCUGCGAGAUUAGGGACUCGUGUUGGCACUCGUCCGUGGCUUUGGAACAAAGUAUCGAGUUCAUAAGGGAUUCGCUUAUAUCUAUACGGGACGACAAGGAUGGGUCCAAAUGGUGCAUUGAUGGAACGCCUUCGACUCAGCCCCCAACGACGAAGAAACCCAUCGCUGGAGUCAUUGGACCAGGCUCCAGCUCGGUGGCGAUUCAGGUUCAAAAUUUACUACAGCUGUUCAACAUUCCCCAAAUAGCCUACUCAGCAACCAGUAUCGACCUGAGCGACAAAACACUUUUCAAGUAUUUUCUGAGGGUCGUUCCCUCGGACACGUUACAAGCCAGGGCCAUCCUGGACAUAGUUAAACGCUACAACUGGACCUACGUGUCGGCGGUUCAUACCGAGGGGAACUACGGGGAGAGCGGGAUGGAGGCCUUCAAGGAGCUGGCCUCGCAGGAGGGCCUGUGCAUCGCGCACUCGGACAAGAUCUACAGCAACGCCGGCGAGAGGCACUUCGACCGGUUGCUACGGAAACUGCGGGAGCGGCUGCCCAAGGCCCGCGUGGUGGUGUGCUUCUGCGAGGGCAUGACGGUGCGCGGCCUGCUGACGGCCAUGCGCCGGCUGGGCGUGGCCGGCGAGUUCCUGCUCAUCGGCAGCGACGGGUGGGCGGACCGAGACGAGGUGGUGGAGGGGUACGAGCCGGAGGCGGAGGGCGGCAUCACCGUCAAGCUGCAGUCGGCCGAGGUCACUUCCUUCGACGACUACUUCCUGAGGCUGCGGCUGGACACCAACGCCAGGAACCCGUGGUUCGCCGAGUUCUGGCAGUUCCGCUUCCAGUGCCGGAUACCGGGCCACCCCAUGGAGAACACCAACUACAAGAAGAUCUGCUCAGGUAACGAGAGCCUGGAGGAGAACUACGUGCAGGACAGCAAGAUGGGCUUCGUCAUCAACGCCAUCUACGCCAUGGCGCACGGGCUGCACGACAUGCAGCAGGAGCUGUGCCCCGGCCGCGUGGGGCUGUGCGAGGCCAUGGACCCCAUAGACGGCAGCAAGCUGCUGGACUUCCUGCUCCGGACCUCCUUCACCGGCGUGUCCGGCGAGGACGUGUACUUCGACGAGAACGGGGACUCGCCCGGCAGGUACGACAUCAUGAACCUGCAGCACGUGGGCGACGGUCACUACGACUACAUCAAGGUGGGCUCCUGGCACGAGGGCCUCCUGCGCAUCGACGACUACAAGAUCCAGAUGAACCACAGCGAGAUGGUGCGGUCCGUCUGCAGCGAGCCCUGCACCAGGGGCCAGAUCAAGGUGAUCAGGAAGGGAGAAGUGAGCUGCUGCUGGAUCUGCACCACCUGUAAGGAUAACGAGUACGUGCAGGACGAGUUCACCUGCAAGGCCUGUGAGCUGGGCUGGUGGCCUGACCAGGACCUGGAAGAAUGCCAGCCCAUCCCGCUGCGCUACCUGGAGUGGAGCAACGUGGAGUCCAUCGUGGCCGUGGUCUUCUCCUGCCUGGGCAUCCUGGUGACCAUGUUCGUCACGUUCAUCUUCGUGCUGUACCGCGACACGCCCGUGGUCAAGUCGUCCAGCCGCGAGCUCUGCUACAUCAUCCUGGCGGGCAUCUUCCUGGGCUACAUCUGCCCCUUCACGCUGAUCGCCAGGCCCACCGUGGCCUCCUGCUACCUGCAGCGCCUCCUGGUGGGCCUCUCCUCCGCCAUGUGCUACUCCGCCCUGGUGACCAAGACCAAUCGCAUCGCCCGCAUCCUGGCGGGCAGCAAGAAGAAGAUCUGCACGCGCAAGCCGCGCUUCAUGAGCGCCUGGGCCCAGGUGGUCAUCGCCUCGCUCCUGGUCAGCGUCCAGCUCACCCUGGAGGUCACGCUCGUCAUCCUGGAGCCGCCCGAGCCCGUCAAGUCCUACCCCAGCAUCCGCGAGGUCUUCCUCAUCUGCAACACCAGCAACAUGGGCGUGGUGGCGCCGCUGGGCUACAACGGCCUGCUGAUCAUGAGCUGCACCUACUACGCCUUCAAGACGCGCAACGUGCCCGCCAACUUCAACGAGGCCAAGUACAUCGCCUUCACCAUGUACACCACCUGCAUCAUCUGGCUGGCCUUCGUGCCCAUCUACUUCGGCAGCAACUACAAGAUCAUCACCACGUCCUUCUCCGUCAGCCUGAGCGUCACCGUGGCGCUGGGCUGCAUGUUCACGCCCAAGAUGUACAUCAUCAUCGCCAAGCCCGAGCGCAACGUGCGCAGCGCCUUCACCACGUCCGACGUGGUGCGCAUGCACGUAGGCGACGGCAAGGCCGCCUGCCGCACCAACGGCUUCCUCAACAUGUUCCGCCGGAAGAAGAGCGCGCCCGGCGGCAACGCCAAUUCUAAUGGAAAGUCUAUGUCAUGGUCUGAACCAGGUGCAAGGCCGCCACAGAAGGGAGAGCACGCGUGGCACAGAUUAUCUGUGCAUGUGAAGAGACAGGGAGCCGGCUCCAAUCAGACGGCAGUCAUCAAACCCCUAACUAAGCCCGGCCACUGCGCAGGCCUCAGUCCGUCCGAGCUCGGCGCCAAGACUUUGUACAACGUGAGCGAGGAGGAGGAGGAGGAAGAGGGCGAGGCCGCGCGGUACCGCCUGCCCGAAGGCCCCUCCUCCCCCGCCACCCUCCACCGGCGGCUGCUGGCCGCCGCCGCCGCCGCCGGGGCCUUUGAGGAAGGGGAGGAGCCCCAAACGUACCCGCGCGAGCGCGACCGCGCCCUCCCCCCGCGCCUCGUCAUGGACCGCCUCUGGGACGCGACGGACCGGCUCGUCGCCCCCGGCGACGGCGACGACGACGGCGGCCUCGUCCCGCCGGGGCCCCGGAAGGGGGCGGGGUCCCCGUACGGGCCCCUCCUCGGCCGGCAGGCCCCCCCCUCACGGAUGACGCUGGACGCCCCUUUUUCGGAGUACGACGACGACGCCGCCGCCGCCUCCCCCCCCGAGGGGGCAGAGGGCGAUCGCUUCGACCUGAUUUGCGGCUACGUGUACGACGCCGCCCGCCUCCGCGAGGAGUACGGGCAGGAGGAGGAGGAGGAGGAGGAUGAGGAGGAGGAGUCGCUUCACCCCAAACUGCUUCUGGAGGACUCCCCGGCCCUCACGCCCCCCUCCCCCUUCAGAGAUUCGGUGCGCUCGGGCAGCACCCCCCCCAGCUCGCCCGCGUCCGGGACGGCGCUGGGCACGCCGCCGAACGUCACCUACGCCCCCGUCAUCCUGCGCGACUACAAACAGAGCUCCUCCACACUGUGAGAGCGGCGUCCUCCGCACUGUGAGAGCGGCGUCCUCCACACUGAGAGAGCGGCGUCCUGCACACUGUGAGAGCGGCGUCCUCCACACUGUGAGAGCGGCGUCCUCCACACUGUGAGAGCGGCGUCCUGCACACUUGAGAUCGUCACACUGCAGUAUUUGACACUUUUCUUCUUAUUUAUUUAUUUAUUUAUUUAUCCUUCUUCCGUUUGUCUGUUUUCGAGACGAUGCUAAAGGCUUUUUUUUUUUUUUAAAGCAAGAGGAAUGUCCGGUUGCGAGCAUUCUUCCCCCUACCCACCACCCCCCUCCCCCCUUCCCAAGAGCUACGCGCUUUGGCCUACAGUAUUUCUGCAAACUUAAACAUAGGAGUGAACUCAGACCCUUUCAGAUAACGUAGAAAGCAUACAGUUGUGAGCUAAAGAAGCACAAGACAGCCUGCUGCUUGAAGAGUGUGUGGGUUUGUUUAUUUUUUUUGUUUGUAUUUGAGUAUUAAAGAUGGAAGAGCGGACCAAUCGCCGCGCUGGAGACGUCUGCGUACCGUCACUGACACUCCAACAUUCCGAAAGAUGAUUGGCUCUGACUUAGAGCCUAUGACCAACACGGAAUGAUCUCGUGAUUUGAGGAAAUGGCAAAAAAAACAAAAAAAAAAUAAUUUAAAAAUCCAAACACUGGCCUCUAUGAAAUAUCACCUGUAUCGUGUAUAGCUAGUUUCUGUAGCAGGCGCAUGAAGACCAGAAACGUUUUCUCGGCGUUGCCGAAAGGCGUCGUGUUGAAAACCUGUGUUGCUGCGGCUCUGUGGUUUGCCCGUAGUAUGCAGCUCAGAGCAUUGCACGCGCGCUGUACUAAGCUUGCAGUUGCACACCUUUACCUGUCAGACGUUAGCCAGAGGUUCUGAAGCAUUUCAUUUUGUGACCAAAGCAACUUUUAAAAGACUGAAAAAAACCAAUAUUCCACAGUCAAGGUCAUAGAUUUCAUCUCUGCUAUUGUGGGGGGGGGGGCAACAAACGGAAAUUUUACUUAUGAAUUUUUUGGGGGGAGGGCACUAACAGUGCUACCCAAUACAAGAUGAUAGUAUGGGGGGGUGGGGGGGGCAUUUGAUGUUUUUCCUGUCGUGCCCCCCCUCCCAGAAUCUAUGUCCAUGACCAUGGUAUGCAUUCUUUUUGCUGGGUUGUCAGAGGUGUUUAAUCGAUAUUUGCAUUGUAAGUAUUAAAGUACAUUUGACGUUGAAAUGCAAAUGAACUGAUUGCCUCCCACGUAUUGCCACAAACAUGUAAGCUCUUUUAUAAACAGAUUAUUCCUGAGAUUCCUAUGAGGUCAGAUCUGAGCUUGAUUGUACUGCUAUGUCAUACCGUAGUGAAAAGGCAUAUUUUUUUAAAUGGCCAGUGGGAUUGAAUAUGUACACGUGUACUCUGUGUAAUAUUUUGUUGUUGGAUCUAUUUGUCAUUGUAGUAAUGGUACAUUUUCAAAGUUUGUAUACCGCCAAACCAUCUCCUUUUUCAUACGAAAGAUGCUAUGUUUGUAAAACUGUUACUGCUUAUUAUAUAUUUACAAUGUGAAAUAUGUAACUUUGAAAUUGUCUACGGUGUUUUGUGGAAAAGGUGAACGUUUGCUUUGAACUUGGAUAACUUUUCAGAUAAAUUUUACAAGUCAGUUGUAACUCUUAAAAAUAAUUUGCUAGGGUAUAUCGGUUCGUAGUUGCUUCUAGUGCUAUAAGGUGUUGCAUUAAUAUCUUAGCUAGAAUGAUCUUGUAUCAUUAAUUUGCAGCUGUAAUGCAUCACUUGAUUCUAAGUUUCAUAGUUACUUAUCUAUUAGAUGCAACUGUCCAAAGUACAAAUGCAUACAUAUACAGAGUAUUGUAAUUGUUACUAUUAAUUGAUAAACAUUUAGUUUUAGCUUAUGCUGUUUGGAAAACAAAAUCAGUUGGACAAUGUAAGGAGGAAAGAAAGUCAAGUGUUUGACUUUGUCAGACAUGCAUAGCAAAAAUUUCAGUGUUAAAUUAACUCUUAACAGUGGGGUCCUCCUGUAGGACUCAUAUAGACUCUGUUAGAGUUGAAUUCACACUGGACAUUUCACUGUGCAGGAGUGAGAGAAGUAUGUUUUUUUGUCAGGAAAAUUAUACUGUAAAAUAAAUAUUUUCUAGUUUAAAAA